GUUUCACAAAGUCUGCCCUUCGACCUCAAUCGCCACCCGUACGCAAACAUUCCGCACACAAAAAGUAUUUUAAAACGUUUCACAGCGGAUGUGCGAGAGUACGCACAGCAAACGAACACAAAGGUCAAACCCGAACUCAUUGGGUUCUUGAAGCAAAACAUCGAAGAGUGCUCGCGGGUGCCUACAGGUUCCGCAAUGAUGACCGCUGCCAAUCAACUGACCAAACUUAGUACCGCUCUCAAGGAGUUGCUGACUAAGGAUACUGAGGU